GGGCCGGGCUGUGAGGUGGCAGCGGCUGCAGCGGCGGAGCGGGCGCCUCGGCCGGCACUGGGGUCUGUUCCCCCUUCUCUGCCCCUGCCCCUGCCCCCCGCGAGGCGCGUGCGGGUCGCCGCUCCCCUCCGGGUCCCCACACCCCGCCUGGGGCCCUGUCACCCUCCAUCCAGCCUCCGCCGCCCUGCUGCAGGGCCCUCUCCCGUGGGGCUUGGCGUCCCUGGUCUCGGGCCCGAGAACCCGCUCUGUGCCCCCUCUCCAGGCCGCGACCUCCCUUCCGCCCGGCUCCCAGGACAGACCAGCUGGACCCCCCUCACCGCAGCCGGGGACCGAGGCGAUUUAUUUUUGAUUUGGGACGAAGGUCUAGACGCGCCUUGGGCCUUGUUGCUAGGGCUGGAAUUGGACCGUGGUCGCCGCGGGCCCGGGCAGGGGCCCCAUCGGAAGGCAGCCGAGCCUCUGCUGGCCUUCCUCUAGCCGCUGCUCGUUUGCGUUUGAUUGGUUUGGAUUGGUCUCCGGGCCCUGGCAAAGCCAGGCAGUGGAUCGCUGGCACACGCAAGAGUGCCGCUGUGGGCCGACAGGAAGGUGGGCAGCUGGGAUGCAGAGAAUACCCUGCAGGGCGGCUCCGUCAGCCCGUGCGCUUAGCUGAGGCCUCAGUGCUGAGUCACUGUGUCCGCCACCUCAUUUGGGUGGGCUGACUUGAGUGCACCAUACGUAGCUGCUGACCCUCCUGACGGGGAGGAGGGAUUACUGUGGCCAUUGCGUUUGCUCAACACUAGGGAGUAGGGCAGAAGGAGGCCUUGGCCCCUUCCCGGGUGUCAGCUGGAAGAAUUCGGGUCAGCAGCCCCUUUUGUAUCUUGAAUGGGGAUGGUGCAGAGGCCAGGGAGUCUUCAGGAAAGGGCAACUGAGGCAGCUGAGGUUGGGCUGUUGUUUUGAUGGAUUGUGUACUUUUCCCCAACCCCUUAUCACUUGCUACUUGCUACCAACUCUUGACUUGGGCCCAGUCUACAGACAUGUAUAGUGCAGCCUUUCGGGGUUAGGUUUUGGCAGUAAUGAGAUUUGCUUCCUCCCCUUUCUACUGGGAGACAGACUGUCAUUCUGGUAGUGAGUGAAAUCAUUUGCAUAUGCAUCACUGUUGGGGUAGACCCAGCACCUUUGUUGUUGAAGCCCAGGCAGAGGGAGUUGUGAAGGCGGCACAGUUUUCCUGGGGAUGGUGAACCUGGAAGCCUACACACCUUGCUCUCUUGUUGACCUCUUUGAUCCUGGGUUUCCUGGCUAAAACUGCAACCUGCUGCUGGCCUGGGCUCAUCAACCCAUUGACCUAGAGGCUGUGCCCUUGGGCACCCACAUGGCAGGGCCUGCCAUCAUGCGACUGAGCUCCCUGUUGGCUGUGCUCCGGCCAGCACUUCCCCUCAUCCUAGGGUUGUCUCUUGGAUGUAGUCUGAGUCUUCUGCGGGUUUCCUGGAUUCAGGGUGAGGGAGAAGAUCCCUGUGUAGAGGCUGUGGGGGAGCCAGGAGGGCCACACAGUCCAGACUCAGGAGUGCAGCUGGACCAAAGCGAUGAAGACUUCAAACCCCGGAUUGUGCCCUACUACAGGGAUCCCAACAAGCCCUACAAGAAGGUAUUCAGGACACGGUACAUCCAGACAGAGCUGGGCUCUCGGGAGCGGUUGCUGGUGGCUGUCCUGACGUCCCGAGCCACACUGUCCACUCUGGCUGUGGCUGUUAACCGCACAGUGGCCCACCACUUCCCUCGGCUACUGUACUUCACGGGGCAGCGUGGGGCCCGGGCACCUGCAGGGAUGCAGGUGGUGUCUCAUGGGGAUGAGCGACCUGCCUGGCUCAUGUCAGAGACCCUGCGCCACCUUCACACACACUUCGGGGCGGACUACGACUGGUUCUUCAUCAUGCAGGAUGACACUUACGUGCAGGCCCCCCGCCUGGCAGCCCUUGCUGGCCACCUCAGCAUCAACCAAGACCUGUACUUGGGCCGGGCAGAGGAGUUUAUUGGUGCAGGCGAGCAGGCCCGGUACUGCCAUGGGGGUUUUGGCUACCUGUUGUCACGGAGUCUCCUGCUUCGCUUGCGGCCACAUCUGGAUGGCUGCCGAGGAGACAUUCUAAGUGCCCGACCUGAUGAGUGGCUUGGCCGCUGCCUCAUCGACUCUCUGGGUGUUGGCUGUGUCUCGCAGCACCAGGGGCAGCAGUAUCGUUCCUUCGAACUGGCCAAGAAUAGGGACCCUGAGAAGGAGGGGAGCUCGGCCUUCCUGAGUGCCUUUGCUGUGCACCCUGUCUCCGAGGGCACCCUCAUGUACCGGCUCCACAAACGCUUCAGUGCUCUGGAGUUGGAGCAGGCUUAUAGUGAAAUAGAGCAACUGCAGGCUCAGAUCCGGAACCUGACGGCACUGACUCCUGAGGGGGAGGCAGGGCUGAGCUGGCCCAUUGGGCUCCCAGCCUCCUUCACACCGCACUCUCGCUUUGAGGUGCUGGGCUGGGACUACUUCACAGAGCAGCACACCUUCUCCUGUGCAGAUGGGGCUCCCAAGUGCCCACUGCAGGGGGCUAGCAGGGCUGAUGUGGGCGAUGCUGUGGACACUGCUCUGGAGCAGCUCAAUCGGCGCUAUCAGCCCCGCCUGCGCUUCCAGAAGCAGCGACUGCUCAAUGGCUACCGGCGCUUUGACCCAGCACGGGGCAUGGAGUACACCCUGGACUUGCUGUUGGAAGCUGUGACUCAGCGGGGACACCGACGGGCCCUGGCUCGCAGGGUCAGCUUACUGCGACCACUGAGCCGAGUGGAAAUCCUGCCGAUGCCCUACGUCACUGAGGCUACCCGUGUGCAGCUGGUUCUGCCACUCCUGGUGGCUGAAGCUGCUGUGGCCCCUGCUUUCCUUGACGCCUUCGCAGCCAAUGUUCUGGAGCCUCGAGAGCAUGCACUGCUCACCCUGUUGCUGGUCUACGGGCCCCGGGAAGGGGGUCGUGGGGCCCCAGACCCAUUUUUGGGGGUGAAGGCUGCAGCGGCUGAGUUGGAGCGACGGUAUCCUGGGGCGAGGCUGGCCUGGCUCGCCGUGCGAGCUGAGGCCCCUUCCCAGGUGCGACUCAUGGACGUAGUCUCCAAGAAGCACCCUGUGGACACACUCUUCUUCCUCACCACUGUGUGGACGAGGCCUGGGCCUGAAGUCCUCAAUCGCUGCCGCAUGAAUGCCAUCUCUGGCUGGCAGGCCUUCUUUCCAGUGCAUUUCCAGGAGUUCAACCCCGCCCUGUCGCCACAGAGAUCACCCCCAGGACCCCCAGGGGCUGGCCCUGAUCCCCCAUCCCCUCCUGGUGCAGACCCUUCCCGGGGGGCUCCCAUCGGGGGCAGAUUUGACCGGCAGGCAUCUGCGGAGGGCUGCUUCUACAAUGCCGACUACCUGGCGGCCCGCGCCCGGCUAGCUGGUGAACUGGCAGGCCAGGAAGAGGAGGAAGCCCUGGAGGGGCUGGAGGUGAUGGACGUUUUCCUCCGGUUCUCAGGGCUCCACCUCUUUCGAGCCGUAGAGCCAGGGCUGGUGCAGAAGUUCUCCCUGCGGGACUGCAGCCCACGGCUCAGCGAGGAACUCUACCACCGCUGCCGCCUCAGCAACCUGGAGGGGCUGGGGGGCCGUGCCCAGCUGGCCAUGGCUCUGUUUGAGCAGGAGCAAGCCAACAGCACUUAGCACUCCCUGCUGGGGCUCUGCCCUCCCUACAUUUCCUUGUCUGCCUUAGUCCCAGGAAAGGCAAAGCAAGGUGAUGGACAGAUGGAGGGCUUGUCACUGUAUUUUUUAAAAUAAGAAAAAUUAUUAAAAGUGUCUUCUGCCAAACUGUUUUUAGGUCUAGGGAAAAUGGAGUAAGGAGAAGAAUCUGAGGGAGAGGGUGGGAGCUUGUCCAGAGGCACCCACUGCCUCCCCAUGCCCUGCUUUCCUUCCCUCCCUAGUGCCCAGUGACCACACAGUGCUGUCAGGUGAAUGACCUUUAAUCCAGUCCUCCCUGCCCCCCAAGGCAGCAGCGGAGUGAGGCAGAGCCCAGGGCCAGGUGCUGGUCCAGAGUGGUGCUCAUCCGCAGCUCCUAGGUGUUUCGCACAACCAGCGACUGCUCCAGCUCCUGCCUGCGCUGCUGGAUCUUAAGAGGAGGUGUGAGCAGGAGCAGGGUUACACGCUCCUGGUGAGUGACCAGAACAGCCACCCACCUGGCACCCCUGCCCUGGAAGAGAGUCUGGGGGGAGUGUAGCGAACAAGUGUCACCAUGGGGAACAGCAAGGCCCACCAAGUGAGGAGGAGGAAUUCCUUUGGAACAAAGGAACGGGAAGCCUCAAUCCAGUGCAAGGGCCCUCCUUACCUUGCAGUAGAAGUAUCGGCUGACGGCUUCCUGGGACCAGGGCUGGUGGUAGAACUCGGCACGACGCUCCUCUUCGGGGUUGCCAGCCACAUCUGUCAUCACCUGGGAGGGAGCAGGGUUAGCCCUGAGCCCCGGCCCUUCCCUGCCCUGGCGUGCCAUGUUUACAGUCUUCCCCGUGUGCUUGUUUCCCACUCCAGUGCUCCCUGAGUCUCCCUCUUCACCUUGAGGUCCCGGCUCUGGGAGCGGAGCAAGUCUUGGACAUAGCCUUUGGGGUCUCUGGAGAAGCUUAGCAUGAAGUCCCUCUGGAUCUUGAGCUGGUUUAUGGACUCAAUCGUCUCAUGGAUCUACAGGUAGAAAGACGAUUUCCAGCUGGCCAUGGUGAUGCAGUGAGGAUGGGAAAAGGA